AUGAAACGGCUAGCAGCGCGUGGCCGUGGCCGACCGGAGACAGACCGACGAACGACUAGGCGUUUGUUUGAGUGGCUUGGAAAAGAUAAAAUAAGUUGGUAUUGUGUGACAGUUCUGAACUGUAGAACUGGAUACCAUCGGUUCAUUUGGACUGGUACAACCAGUUCAUCAAAAAAGAACUGAUCUUGUCCAAUGGAUGCUUACUGGGAAUUAUCCGACUUUGAUAUUCAUAUUCGUCAACAAGGCUUCGAAAAAUUACUAGAGUCAUUGCAAAUAUCGUCGACGAAUAACGAAGACGAAAAGAGUUCAUCAUCACAACUUGAUUAUAUCAUAUCACGAUUAAUCAAAGGGUUGGUAUCCAAUCGUAAAUGUGCUCGUAUCGGUUAUGCUGCAACUCUUGGCACACUCGCUAGUCUGAAUGAUACCGAAUUAGAAAUGCCAUCAACUGAUGAAUUUAUAUCAUUAGUUGAAAACAAAUUGACAACGAAAAAAGAAACUGGUGUUGAAGAUGCCAAAAAUGUUCGGAUCGGUCGUGUUCUUAGUUAUAUCGCAUUGGCUUAUACACAAAAGGAUAAUGAUUUAUCAGAUCUAUUAUCGAGAAUCAUACCUGAUUUGCUUCUCAUUCGUACGCAAGAAACUCGACGACGUUUACGCACAUUUAUCGAUGCAGCGAUCAUUCAACUAGCGAAAUGGAGUGGUCGAAAGGUAUUCAAAAAAGGAAUUUUACCACAAAUUCAAGAACUUCUUCCAAACUCAUGGCAAAUGGGCGAUGAUGGGUCAAAAUCGAUCUUUCUACUCAUUUCACUCGUUAAUCUUUAUCCGAAAAUAUUUGAUCGAGAAUAUUUUCAAUCAAAUUGGAAAGAUAACGUAUUAUCGUUAGGAAAAACCAGUGAUCAACAAGCAAUUAUCAAAAAGUGUCUACAAUCAUUUGACAAUGAACUUCAUUUACUUGAACAAUUAAGUAGAGAACUAUUGGUUUAUGCUAUUCAUACACAACAACUGGUAUCAUUUUGGCCAAUACUUGUUGACGAACUUUCAAACAUUGGGCUUGAUUCGAACAAAGGUCAUAUUUUACUUGAUUUGAUCACGUUCUGUUUUCAAGAACGUGAAAACUCUGAUCCAGUUUACACGAUUGAAACAAUGCUUGAUCAUAGUGAAUUGUUAUUUGGUAAAAUACUGGAUUUAUUGUCAUCAUCAGGACGGAAAACACAUCAGCAAGCAUCCAUUCAAUUAUCUAAAGAUGCACUCGAUAAACUCGCACAUACACUGGCCAGCCGAUCGUUACAAGAACGAUUACGCUUAUUUGAAAAAUUAUUGAAAUGUGCGGAUAAGAACUAUACAUGUAUGCAUACAGUAGCAACUGCUAUAUCAGAAAAAUUAACAGUUGAAGAAUUUCCGGAGUAUGUGAAAUACAUCAUCGGCUUAUUUUUUACAAUUGCUAAAGAAGAUGAAAAUGCUCUCGAUCGUCGUCGACAUUUUCUUCUUGAAACGCUUUCGAAUGUCUGCAACAGUGCUGCGUUCGAUUUGAAAGUUGAUUCUUGUGGUUCAUUGUUGGAAAAUAUUCUUUCGUUAUGCGUUUUAUUGGCGAAUUUCAAGCUAAAUAACCAUACACCAAAACAAUUCCGUGAACUUCUUCCUGAAACAGUCCAACUUUCGGAUACAACACGAGAACAUCUGGAAGAUAUUGUUUAUAAACUUAUUCUUCAUGAAUUUCAUGAGAAUAGAUAUGAACACAGUUUUCAUAUUUUUCAAAAAUCAAUCCAAUGGAUUGAAACACCCAAACAUUAUUCGCCAGUGUUCAAACACAGUGAAGAAAUAAAAGAAUAUCUAAAGGAAAAUAGUGCAGAACUAUUUGAACUUCUACAAGGAAAAACGAUUCAAUCAUUACCAGAUGAAAAACUACGAUUAGCAUUUCAGCAAGUGAUUGUGCUAAGUUUUUACGAUUUAUUCGUUGAUUUCAAUCGUGCUAAACAAUAUCUCGACGAUCUAGUGACGUGUGUGAAAAAUGCACAUACCCAAUUGGUAUCGAAAAAGAAAGUCAAGGAACAAUCAACAUGGAUUGAGGUCUUGAUUGAUAUUCUUCUUUCGAUGUACACAAAGAAACAACAUGAUAUUCGAGCGAUUGUUAAGAAGAUUUACCAUCAAAUAGUACCAUACAUGAAUGAAAAUGCUUUGAAAUUGAUGUUACAAACUAUUUCCAUGGAAAACGAAAGUGAUGACGAAGGCGAAAGUGGCGAGGGUGAAGAAAAUGAAGACGAAGACGAAGAUGAAGAUGAACAGGAAGAAAGUAGUGAUGAGGAAUCUGAUGAAGAAUUAAUGGAAAAUGGCGAUGCUAAUGAAGAACUUCGACAAGCAGUUGAAAAGGCAUUGGGUGAUGCAGCUGUAAAAGAAGAUCAAGAAGAUGAUGUUGAUAUGGAUGACGAAGCAAUGCUUCGCUUAGACCCAUUAAUUGCUGAAGCAUUUCGAUCGCAAAUGAAAAAAUCAUCGAAUUUGAAAGUCAUCAAUGAGAAACUUCACCAUCAAUUUCGUGUUCUUGAUUUAAUUGAAUCAGUGAUAAAAAAAGAUGAUCGAAUGCGAUUUGUUCUUAUUAGCAUUCGUCCUUUGAUUGAAACAUUAACAAGUUUACCAAAUAAUACCGCUUAUAAGACAAUGAUUGAACGCUUAGAUUCGAUUUUACGGCAAUUGUCAAAUCGAAAGCUCGGACAUACAGAUAUGCCAACGACUGAUGAAUGUCUAGAACUAUUUCGGUAUUUAACGUCACUGGCUGGAACUCGAACAAAAUUAACCACGGAUACGUUAUCAAAAGUAUCGAUGUUUGUUAUAAAACUAUGCUUGCACGUUGGUAAACAAGAAGAUCGAUUGCCGGGCGUCGAAGAAACGAUUCUGACAAUGUACGAAGGCGGAUUUCUUCGUUUUCUCCAGCCCAAACCACCAAAGGAUAAAUCUGAGAAAAAGAAGAAGCAGAAGAAAAAAGAUGACGACAAUGAAGACGAAGAAUUGACUCCUCAUCAAUCAGUUGUUCAUCCAAGUAUUAUUAAAGAAUUUCUUCUACGUUUUCCCGAAUAUGGUGGUCGUCUAAUGGUAUCGAUGGUUCGAACAACACUAAAGGAAAACAUCAAUUGGAAAAAACGAAAUAUCGUCUGCGGCACAUUGAAUAACUUCUUCAAUAGAAAACAAUUGGAUCAUGUCGAUGAGAACUUAUUGAAAUCAACCAUAGAUCUUCUUGUUAUGUCCUGUAAUGAUAGCAAAUCAUCAAAAAUGGAAUCUAUGCAUGUAAUCACUACCUUGACACAAAAACUAGUAUUGAUUCGAAAUCCAACUUUAACGGAAAAACAAGCAUCAACUUUGCUUGCUGCUCUUUCCACAGCGAUCAAAAGCAAACCAAUCAAUAGUGAUAAACAACGUAAACAACUUCUCAAUCUUCUACAAUCGUUUAAGAAAAGAUUUUCGUUGACCAUUGACGAAGAAAUAAUGAAUAUGUUAACAACGAAGCGUAAAUCUUCGUCAGCAGCAACAACAACAACCAAUACAGCAAAGAAAUUGAAAACAGAAGAAUCAAGUGUCUCCAAUGGAGAUGUAAAUCAAUCAGUUGUCGAUUGCCGACAAAUGCCAUUCAAAGGCAUUAAUGUUUAA